AUCGCGUCUUGCUUCCUAGCGGCAAGAGACUUGUAUGCGCGUACCAUCAGCAUAGGACAGGAACCCGCGUUAGGCAAUCGGGAGACCCCUCUCGCGACUCACGCUUAUCCACGCGUUCUUCCGUGCACGGGAUCCCUGCGUCUGUGUGAUCACGCGCACCAGUCCAAUCUAAUAACCAGUUCUCCGAGGAAUCUUAUUACGGCACGUCAUAAAGGCUUCCUUCCCCGCGAGCUGCUCCAACCACCGAAACCCGCCGCGGAAUCGGUACGAGGGGAUCAAAAACCAUCUCACUGCUGCACAUCGCGUACCAGUCGGGCGGUGUGAUUCCAGUCUCAUACGGUGACCCAUCGCGAUCGGACUAACGUCAACGACGACACGAGUACAAAUUGGAUUCAUCGACCACUUAGGAGAGUGUGACUUCCCGCUAGUCAAACGAGCGCAGCCGAAAUUAGAUCUAGGUUGUGGUACGGAAUAUAUGUGCUAAUCGUGCGUUGUUAUUCGAUGUUAUCGGUAGCUAGCUGGCGGUUGGUUUUAACCUCGUCGCGGUGUUGUUACGUGUAAGUUGUUUGCUUGCUGCUUCCUGCACGGUAAAUUUGCAGCGAUCGGAAGCCCCCUUCGUCGAAUCAGUGACGUCCUACGCGGUCAGGCGAAAAGUUGCUGCAGUAGCAAAAGUGAAUCCACCAAGCGAGAAGGCAAUAAAGGCAAAGAAAACAAAACGCUUUCCCUUUGGUUGCGGCGUCGUAGGUCUUUCUUUUGCCCGUGAGCUCCCAGUGUUCGUGUUGUCUGAGGUCCCAAAGCAAAGAAGAGAGUGAAAGAGGUAAACAAAGUAACCAAAAAAAGAAGUGCUUAUUUUUUUUUGGUUUUCUGUGUGAGCUUGGCCUCUGCUGGUGAACAAAGAGUUCGUUCGGAAUAGUUAUGAUGGCACCAGUAGCCGGAGAUACCGGUGAGCCCAAGGAUGGGUCUAUAGCGAUUAUCUCGUCCGGAUCCGUGGCUCCGGUGGGACAUCAACAACAACAACAACAACAACAGCAGAGCACAAUCCCGACCGACCUGGACAAACGUCGGAUCAGUCGGAUGUUUAGCUGGACGGCCGAUUCUCCGAUUGUCACUGGCAGUGAGACAAGUGUGGCGACGAUCGACGAUGGAGGGACGAUGUGGGCCAGACAGCAGCACGCCGUUUCAGUGCGGCAUGCCUUCAAACAGUACGGCACCAAGAAAAAACCAAACAUGGUUCUAUCGAACCUGAACAUGACAGUAGCCAAAGGAACAAUCUAUGGUCUUUUAGGAGCAUCAGGAUGCGGCAAAACGACACUCCUAUCGUGUAUAGUCGGGCGAAAGCGGCUCAAUUCGGGCGAGAUUUGGGUGCUGGGUGGAAAACCGGGAACGAAAGGAUCCGGAGUACCGGGCAAACGCGUCGGUUACAUGCCACAGGAGAUAGCUUUAUACGGAGAGUUCUCGAUCCGGGAGACGAUGAUGUACUUCGGAUGGAUUUUCGGCAUGCAGACAUCGGAAAUCUCCGAACGGUUACGGUUUUUGCUCAACUUUCUGGACCUGCCGUCCGAAUCGCGACUGGUGAAAAAUCUUAGUGGAGGCCAGCAACGACGGGUGUCGUUCGCCGUGGCCCUGAUGCACGAUCCAGAGCUGCUGAUCCUGGACGAACCGACCGUUGGUGUCGAUCCACUACUUAGGCAAAGUAUAUGGAAUCAUCUAGUGCACAUUACUAAGGCCGGCCAGAAGACAGUCAUCAUCACAACGCACUACAUCGAGGAAGCCCGGCAAGCGCAUACGAUUGGUCUGAUGCGAUCCGGGCGACUACUAGCGGAGGAGUCACCUGCCUGCCUGUUGUCCAUGUACCGGUGCAGUAGUCUGGAGGAUGUCUUCCUGAAGCUGUCCCGCAAACAAGGACAAACGAAUGCCGCACCCGCUGAACUAAACAUUAGCAAUAAUAUUUCACUGUCCGCGUUAGCGUUCGGCAAGGCGAAGGACAACCCAGUCUACGUAAGUCAGGAAAGCGGUGUUGUAGGACUAAAUUUCCAUCAAAGUAAAGAAGUACUCAUUGCUGAUAGUAACGGAUCGACGUACGCUAUUAACGGCAUCAACGGGUCUCCUCCGGGAGCGAUCAGCCAAACGGUUGAGUGUGACGAUUGCGCAGAAUGUUCGGAUUGUAUGAAUAUGACAACUCGAGGCAAGUUACGGGCACUGUUAGUCAAAAAUUUUCUACGAAUGUGGCGAAACGUCGGUGUUAUGCUGUUUAUCUUUGCACUGCCGGUCAUGCAGGUAAUUCUGUUCUGUCUGGCAAUCGGUAGGGACCCGACCAAUCUGAACAUAGCUGUCGUGAACGGCGAAAUGAAUAUGACCAGCAACGGCGAGUGUAUGUUUGACGCGGGCUGUAGUUUUACCAAUUUGAGCUGUCGGUAUCUGAACCAUCUGAACUCGACGAUCCGGAAGAACUACUAUCCGGAUCUGGACUCGGCAAUCGAAGCGGUACGUCAAGGGAACGCCUGGGGUGCACUGUAUUUUACCGAUAACUUUACCGAUGCGUUGGUGGCGAGAAUUGCACUCGGACGCGAUGCGGACGAUGAAACUCUGGAUCAAUCGGAAAUUCGCGUCUGGCUGGACAUGUCCAAUCAGCAGAUCGGAAUCAUGUUGAAUCGGGACCUACAGGUGGCAUACCGAGAGUUCGCCCAAGAGCUACUGCGAGUUUGCGACAAUAACCCGAAACUAGGGGACGUACCGAUUCAGUUCAAGCAGCCGAUUUACGGAACCAACGAUCCAUCGUUUACGGACUUUGUCGCACCUGGUGUGAUAUUGACAAUCGUAUUUUUCCUGGCAGUUGCGUUGACCUCUUCGGUGUUGAUCAUCGAGCGAACGGAAGGAAUGUUGGAUAGAUCGUGGGUUGCCGGCGUAACGCCAGGAGAGAUUCUGUUCUCCCACGUCAUCACGCAGUUUGUGGUGAUGUGCGGACAGACGGCGCUUGUGCUGAUCUUCAUGAUUCUGGUGUUUGGAGUAACAAACAAUGGCGAAAUCGUCUGGAUAGUUCUGUUGACCAUUCUGCAGGGCCUGUGUGGUAUGUGCUUCGGAUUUGUCAUAUCCGCUAUCUGCGAGUUGGAGCGAAAUGCGAUCCAGCUUGCGCUGGGUUCGUUCUAUCCGACAUUGCUCCUGUCCGGAGUGAUAUGGCCCAUCGAAGGUAUGCCACUGGUGCUGCGGUAUGUGUCACUGUGUUUACCGCUAACACUGGCCACAUCCUCGUUGCGGUCCAUCCUGACCCGCGGUUGGAGUAUAACGGACGAGGAUGUCUAUCUCGGGUUCGCCUCGACGGUGGCCUGGAUUCUCGUGUUUCUGCUGGUGACACUGGUCGUACUUAAGUUAAAACGAGGCUAAACUCGUGCCGUAGGAUUUGUUUGUAUUUACGUAGGAGAUCAUUAAUUUAUAUGAGAGCGCAUACCAUCUUUGACUUCGUGUACGUGUUUUUCAUCACUGAGAGUUCUUUGUAUGUAGUUAAAGUGGAGUAAAUAUGCUGACACCGUGAUCACGGAACCGUCCAGGGUCGAAAAAGUGCUAGUUUCAUCUGUCAUUGAGUAACUGUACACCGUAUCUAGCUCCACUGGCAACCCCGCCUAGUUUCGAAGUCAGUUAGUACUAGUGCACAGUUCGACCCCCCAAAAAAAAAGAGCGUUACGUGACAAAUGUAGCGCCGGAAAAGUUUGAUCUAUUUCCUUUUCAAACAUGAGACACGCAUUAGGUUCAUUCAUUUGACCAUCACACCAAGAAAACUCACAUUUUGAACAUCCCUAUUUCUUCUACAGUAGGCUUAUAUUCUUCUGGGCACCUGCGUACGGAAUGUGGUGAAACAUUGUAGCACUCAUUUCCUGCCUUUCCUUAAUCAACUGAACUUAAUUUGCUCAAAUUUUAGUUAUAUUUUUUUUUGCUAACAACAAAUUAGUCCAAAAAUAUAUUCACUCCACUCAAAAAAAAAAACACACACACACACAAACACACAAUUACUCAAUUUAUGGAUGUAGAAAUAUUCCGGGGAGAUGUUUCCCUUUACAGCAGGAAGAAAAAGAAAAAAACAACAAGACAUUAAUACUGGAAAAGGGUCGCCCCUUUUCCGAUUACCGUGCCGCCAAACGAGCAAUCAAUAGUUUCCCGUGCAAACAUGCAAAACAAAACAAUUAUUGAACUGUGAUUAUAAAUUUUUCUUUUUUUUAUAUACAUAUACGAAUAAUUUCGCAAAGUUUUUUUUUGUGUACGCUAACAUACAGAAUAGGCGAGAGAAACCCAUUUUUUUUAAAUUUUACUAGGGAAGAUGUAUGUUGUAUAUCUAAUUGCUAAACAAACAAACAAACAAACAAAAAAAAGGAAACCAUAGACUUAAUUAAACACGCUAUGACUAACGAGGAGGUUGUCAUCUCUUCGAGGUUUCGUUCUCCACCUCCUCCACGGGCACAGCAGCUGCUGGUCCCGCCAAUGAGGAGGUUGUGCCGAGUGAAACUACCAUCCAUCCGGGGGGGUAAAAAUAAACGCAUAUGUAAUCUAGUUUUAUUUGUGGAGGGGUUUAAGAAAGCAAAAUCGCAGCUAUAUUUUCACCUAUCAUUUCUCCUAUCCCCUUGGAUUUGUUUGUCGCUUCGCCCUUUUGUGCAAUUCAGUUAGCCGCUGCUCAAAUUUAUCUAGAUAAAAUGUGACUGCAGAAUCGUUGUAAUAUUUUGUAGUCUUCAACUUUCGGAUGUUUCUUUGGUCACCCGAUAGUACGAAUAGAAAGUGACAGCAAAUCGAGCUAGAAGGAGAGGAACGUGAAUAAAGUAAUUUUUGAAUAAUAAUCCACACA